UCCGCAUCCCGUCAGGUCCACAGAUGAACUGAGGAGUCUCUGCGCUCUCACUCUUCUCUCGGUUCAACAUGGACUCACUGAAUUUUCUGCUCUUCCUCGCAGUCAGCGCCUUCACACUGAAAGUUUCUCUUCAGGGGCCAAAUCAGCGCAGACUGUACUCGGACCUGAUGGCCAACUACAACCCACUGGAGAGGCCUGUUUACAAUGACUCCCAGACUCUUACCGUUCAAUUUGGCUUAACCCUGAUGCAGAUCAUGGAUGUGGAUGAGAAAAACCAGGUUUUGACCACCAACAUUUGGCUUCAGCUGUACUGGGAUGAUUAUUACCUCCGGUGGAAUACAUCAGACUAUCCAGGUGUGACCAAUGUGAGAUUUCCUGACCAUCUCAUUUGGAAACCAGACAUUCUGCUGUAUAACAGCGCUGAUGAAAGAUUUGAUGCUACUUUCCACACCAACAUUGUGGUCAACCACUCGGGCACCUGUAGCUACUUACCUCCAGGGAUCUUCAAGAGCACCUGCCACAUCGACGUGCGCUGGUUCCCUUUUGAUGUUCAGAGAUGCGACCUGAAGUUCGGCUCCUGGACAUAUGGGGGCUGGUCUCUGGACCUGAAGAUGUUGGAGACGGAUAUCACCAGCUACAUCGCCAACGGAGAGUGGGAUCUUGUCGAGGUUCCAGGGCGUAAGAACGAUCGUUUCUAUGAGUGCUGCGAGGAGCCGUACCCUGACGUCACCUUCACCGUGGUGAUGCGGAGACGGACCCUCUACUAUGGCCUCAAUCUGCUCAUCCCAUGUGUCCUGAUCUCCACUUUGGCCCUGCUUGUCUUCCUUCUGCCUGCUGACUCUGGGGAGAAGAUCUCACUGGGCAUUACAGUCCUCCUCUCCCUGACUGUCUUUAUGCUGCUGGUUGCAGAGAUUAUGCCCGCCACAUCGGACUCGGUGCCUUUAAUAGCUGAGUACUUUGCCACCACCAUGGUCAUCGUUGGUCUCUCAGUAAUUGCUACAGUUCUGGUCUUACAAUAUCACCACCACGACCCAGAUGGAGGCAAGAUGCCGAAGUGGACCCGUGUGAUCCUACUGAACUGGUGCGCCUGGUUCCUGCGCAUGAAGCGCCCAGGUGAGGAGCGGGUGCGUUCAGCCUGUCACAACAAGGCUCCUCGGAACAGCCUGACCAGCAUGGACCUCAACGCCAGUGCCUCUGCCUCCCAAUCCACCAACGGCAACAUGCUCUACGUUGGCGUCCGUGGCCUGGAGAGUAUUCACUACUCCACAGCUGCCACCUCUCCCGACUCUGGGGUCCUCUGUGGACGGCUGGUUGGACGAGCAGGUGAGGAGGAGAUGCUCCUUCCCACAGGUCAGAGCGCCUCAGUUGCCAGCGUGGAACCAGAGCUGAUCAAGAUCCUGGAUGAGGUGCGUUACAUAGCCAAACGCUUCCGUGACCAAGACGAGGACGAGUCAGUGUGCAACGAGUGGAAAUUUGCUGCGUCUGUUAUCGACAGGCUUUGUCUCAUGGCUUUCUCCCUCUUCACUAUCCUCUGCACCAUUGGGAUCCUCAUGUCAGCUCCUAACUUUGUAGAGGCCAUUUCCAAAGACUUUUUCACCUAAGGACUUUAUCAGGAAACAUAAAAUAAAGCCUAUACCAAUCUCUCUUAUCACAGAGUAACCAUUUGUAAGCUCAUGGGGUGGUCAUUUGUAUACAGCUAAGUCUGCUAUAUGGGAAUCGUAUAUCACCAAAUAUUCAACCACACAUUACACAAAGUCAAACUGAGGACAUGCACAGUAAUCCAGGCAAAGUUUAUGUAAUGCAUAAAUAAUUUAAAGGUCCAGUGUGUAGGAUUUAAGGACAUCUAUUGGGAGAAAUGGUGUAUAAUAUUCAUUGCUGUGUUUUCACUAGUGUAUAAUCACCUGAAACUAAGAAUCUUUAUAUUUUCCUGACAGUAAAAUCAGACAUUUGUAUCUACAUAUGGAGCGAGUCCUCCUCUUUGGAGUCAGCCAUGUUAUUUCUACAGUAGCCGAGAACGGAUAAAAAACACUGACUCUAGAUAGGGCCAUUCGCGUUUUUACAUUAGCCACCAUAGUCCUCCCACACACUUGACUCACAGGAGAAGUUUAAGUUCUCCAACAUCAUCGCCGGAUGCCACUAAAUCCUACACACAGGACAUUUAAAGGAACAGCGUGUAUGAUUUAGGAGGAUUUAGUGGCAUCUAGUGGUGAGGAUUGCA